AUGGAUUUCUACUUUGAGAGAUGCCCCAAGUUUCAAUUCCCCGCAUCUUAUACUGUACUGUCAACUGUUGUGAUCUCGGACUUCUGGGAUGUGGCCAGUGCCAACGGAAAGGAGUUCCAUGCCCCGGGUAUCGCAAUGAGCUUGACAACCAGUUUCGGACAGAGAGCGUGGCGUCAUUCCUCUCGAAAAGAAGGAAACGUCUGGGUCUCGACAAAUUUGGAGCUCCAAAACUCCAUUGCCGAGUCAUGGGAUGAUCACUUGCUGCCCUUGGUUCUGAAUAAGUUCUCCUGCGAUGACGUUAAUGGCAACCAUAAUACCAUCUUCAAGGCCAUCACACGUGUGGUCUCCAUGACUGACAAGGGCUCUGCCCUGUACCAAGUCUGCAACGCAAUUGGACGCGUCUAUAUCACUAACAUGACAAACUGUCCCACCGCAAGGUCCCAACAGGCCUAUGCGUACGGAAAGGCGAUCGCCGCCAUUAAUACAGACCUCCGGGAUCCUCGGCGAUGCGGGCACGAUGAGAUCUUACUUCUUUCCAGCCCCGACUUCAGUUUUGUUGUCAAGUCUCCCGGAUGGUGUAUCCACACUCAGGGGAUGAUCGCGCUGCUCGAUCAGAGACCAGAAGAAGCGUUUAUAACAGCAGAGAAUCGGUCCCUAUUUCUGACUGUCUUCAAUACUGUACAAAACCAGGCGCUUAUCACGAGUCAAGACCAUUCCUGGGAGUUUGUCUCUUUGAUACGUCAUUUCUACAAACACUGUGAGCAUGUCGAAUUGAGUGUUGUUCGUACGGCUAUCUUCGCCCACCACUGCAGCCGGCUUUGCAUUGUGAUCCAAGAUCUAAUCGAGACCGGAAAUCAUGACUCGAUCCUCUCCAUGUACCCCUCCAUACUACACCACAUGGAAAAUUUGGAGACUAAAACAGCCCCUCUAUCCCAUGACAAGUUUCUAAGAGACUUAGUGAUUGACUCUCCGCAGACCGUGGUAAUAUUAUCUGAUUCCAUUCGAGAUGCAGGACUCCAAGGAUACCGAAGCACUUUUCGUCUUCAAGUAUCCUCAUUGGUGUAUACGCUUCUGGGAUUUGCGUAUCAAGCACCUACCUGUACACUGCAACAACAAGAACAAAUUCUCGAUGCUCAGCAACACUGUGUGAAAGAAUUUCAGUCUCUGGCGGACCAGGUUUUGGUGAUGCUAUCUUCAAUGCUCCAGUAUGAUGCUCUUCCGGGGUCGCCUGGUGGAUCGAAGAGCAAAUGUCUACCCUACACAGUUGGAGUUUGGGAUAUAUUCCGGCUGUGGCCAUUAAGACUUAUCCUCCUCUCUCCCAUCUCAUCGAAGCAGGAGAGGGAUAUGGCAAAUGGGAUACUCCAAAUGGUUCACCUACAAGUCAGAUUGAUCUAA